GCUGCAGUGUGUCCGAAUGGAGGCAGGGGGUGUUGAAAGUUCACCUUCAUGGCUCUCACGUAUCAAAUGACAAUGUAGGGAAAGUUUCGCAGCAGAGGCAGCGGAGCUCAGAUAUAAAGACUCGAGCAGCAGAAAUGUCGGGGCACAAAGUGUCAGCUGUGAGCAGGGAGGAAGAGGAGGAUGAAGCUCUGGGAUAUUACGACGACGAAGACGACCUGGAGGCGUUUUCCGAGUCUGAGCUGGGCUGUGAGGACGGAGUGUUGGGCUUCAACGACCCUCUGAGUGGAGAAGUCAAACCUCGUAUCCUGCUGAUGGGUCUGAGGAGGAGCGGGAAGUCCUCCAUCCAGAAGGUGGUCUUCCAUAAGAUGUCGCCCAACGAGACGCUGUUCCUGGAGAGCACUAAUAAGAUCUGCAGAGAGGACGUCUCCAGCAGCUCCUUCGUCAGCUUCCAGAUCUGGGACUUCCCCGGACAGAUCGACUUCUUCGACCCCACGUUUGACUACGAGAUGAUCUUCAGAGGAACCGGAGCGCUCAUCUUUGUCAUUGACUCACAGGAUGACUACGUGGAGGCUCUGAGUAGACUUCAUCUCACGGUGACCCGCGCCUACAAAGUCAACCCGGACAUCAACUUUGAGAUUUUCAUCCAUAAAGUGGACGGACUGUCAGACGACCACAAGAUUGAGAAGCAGAGGGACAUCCACAAACGAGCCAACGACGACCUGGCAGACGCAGGCCUGGAACAGAUUCACCUGAGCUUCUAUCUAACCAGCAUAUACGACCACUCCAUUUUUGAGGCGUUCAGUAAAGUGGUCCAGAAGUUGAUCCCACAGUUGCCCACGCUGGAAAACCUGCUCAACAUCUUCAUAUCUAACUCGGGUAUCGAGAAGGCCUUCCUGUUCGAUGUGGUCAGUAAGAUUUACAUCGCCACAGACAGCAGCCCGGUGGACAUGCAGACGUACGAGCUGUGCUGUGACAUGAUCGACGUGGUCAUCGACAUCUCCUGCAUCUACGGUGUGACGGACAGUGGAGCUGGUCUGCCUUACGACGAGGAGUCCAUGGCCAUCAUCCACCUGAACAACACCACAGUCAUGUACCUGAAGGAGGUCACCAAGUUCCUCGCCAUGGUCUGCUUUGUGCGCAGGGAGAGCUUUGAGAGGAAAGGGCUGAUCGACUACAACUUCCACUGCUUCAAGAACGCCAUCCAGGAGGUUUUUGAUGUUCGAGUGAAGGUUCAACAGAAUCGUAAACUCCUCAGUCAGAGAAGGUGGAGCAAACUAAGUAUGACCAAUGGAGUGACCAACAACUCCAACUGAGGACAAGAUGACAUCACACAGCCAAAAAGUGCCUGAACUGGAUCCUGACAAAUCCAGGAGAAGUCCCUCUGCUUUUAAAGGAGCACUUUUUUUUUUUGUUUUCUCCUUAGUGAGAAUCAUGAAGUCUGUUCUGUCCAUGGUGACUUUGACUGCCGUCCUACCAGGAAGAAGCUGACUGUUUUUUUUUUACCAACCUUGCUCAUUUAUGUGCCAAAAUUAGUUUCAAGAGCGGCACCACUAAAAAAAACAUACAGGGAGAGUUAGACUUUAUGUGUAGCAGGCCGGUUUAGCUGCUUCUAGUGAGAAAAGAAUGUAACUUUAAGACCUAGGGUCUCUAUCAACCAUUACAGUUAGCUUUAAUAAGAACAGAAACAUAAAACAGCAGACAAGUUUUGCGAUUUAACUUGUGCUUGUCGAGUUUAUCCUUCACUAAAUACACUAAAGGAAAGAAAUAGACAGGAGGCAUGACAAACAUGGUGGUUCAUAGGACGGACUUUAAGAUGGUUUCAAUGGCUGUCUGUAAAAAAAGGCUCUAUUUUCACACAUGCACUCCUGAAGGUGUUUAAACAACCUGCUGCUGAAACCUUUCUGAGUUGGUUAUUUACACACUUGUCUCACAGUGGGAAGUUUCCUGUCAGACAAUAAUUAACACAUGACAAACAUGUUUGUGCUGAAAUCCAAGAUGGUGGAGGAAGCAACAGAGUCUGACACAAUAAUGACUGAUUGAGUGGUUUUUGCUUUUAUAUAGAUGCUGGGUUAUUUGGACGUAUUCACGGUAUCAUCAAACGAAUGGAGAAGAAUACACGAGUGAGCAGAAAAAAAAAAUAUGAAGAAGCUUCACGUCAUGCACAAGAUCCCACCCAUGUUUCUCCAGCCUCUUUAUGUUCACGCCCCUCAACUCCUCCUCCACGGUGAAUUUUCCUGAAUGUUUUUCUGCGGCAUUCACACAUCAGCUCACCACCAACUUCAUGCAGAAAUGUUAAGAGGAGGCUGGCAGGAAAAGGUCUGGAUAAAGUCUGUUUGCGUUCACACAUGUAGCUUAACUUGAAGAUUUUGGGAAAUUUUCAGGAGUUUUUUUGCAUGUGUGUAAACGCCAAGAGUCAUUAAAGACGACUUGAGGCCUAUUGGGACUGGAAAUAUGUCUCUUCAAGCGAAGAGGUGUCUCUAACAUGUGUUUAUCAGAGAUUUUCAUCCAGUUCAGAGUGUGUACAUGGGUAAUGUUUAGCACCAAUACUUUAAUAAUGGAAUAUUCUUUCUUGGGAAAGAGAGGGAAUGAUAUGCAAGAGUUAGGGUAUAAAUCUGACCCAGGUGGCUGCACCAAGGACCCCGACUUAGGCUGGAGAUACACUUGCUUUUAACUACACAAUCACAUGCACAUGAUGUCCUCCCCGCUGUGCACAUCCUCAAAAACAAACGUAAUGCAGUAGUAAGAUGCAGUAUGGACAGGAUAGUGUAGGGGUAGAGGGGAUGUGACCAGGUGAACACAGCAGCAGGGACAACAAUGGCAGAAUGGUUUGAGAAAAAGCUGAUAGAUCAAGUCUUAAUAGUCCCAAAGAAAACAAGAACAGGAUAAAGAUACUCACCAUUGUCUCAAAAGGCUUGAUUUAAGAGUCUCA